AUGCUUACAAACGAUCUGCAAUGCAAUCAAUUUUUAAUGGAAGCUUUGAGAUAUCAGCUAACACCACGAACCCAGCGUCCAUCAUUUUGGUCUCACACCAAACAGGUGCCUACAAAUCGAAAUGGAAAGUUUCUUGUUGUGUUCGCUGGUGGUAGGCAUAUAGACAAUUCGUGCCCACAGCGUAAGUGCAAAGUCUACGAUGCAACCGAUAACAACACGUCGCCUAUCCCAGAUAUGUUAGAUCCUAGAUGUGGAAAUUCCGUAAUCUCUUUAAACGGUAAGGUGUAUUCAGUGGGAGGAUAUUACAAAAUUGGAUUGGAAACCGCGGAGUGUUACGAUCCGGUUAAUAAGAAGUGGACUCAUAUCGCGCCCAUGAGCGCUAGUCGCUAUAACUUUGGAAUUUGUGCUUGUGAUAAUAUGAUUUAUGCUAUCGGUGGUUGCAGGCAUUCAAGUGUUGAAAGUUAUAAUCCUGCAACCAACAAAUGGUAUAUGUGUCCAGAUAUCCCUGAGGUCAGUUGGCGCAGUCGUGCAGCUGUGAUAAAACACAGCAUUUAUAGCUUGAAUGAAAGUGGUAAUGGCAUUAUUUCGUGUAUCCGUUUCGAUUCGAGAGAGGGACGAUGGUAUAGUCUGAAUGAUAUGCCAGGAACUCUAAGGAACGAAUCUUUUGAAUUUAUGUCUUACGAUAACUCGUUGUUUUCUAUUGCGAAGAAAUGCUCACGCCUUGACAUACGAACAAAUAAAUGGGAGGCGAUGCCUUCUAUGCUUUUCAAAAGGUUGCGCUUUUCAGCUGCUAUCAUAGCAGAUGACAUAUACGUGUUUGGUGGUGCGGACAAAAAUUGGGAGUACAUUAACAGUGUGGAACGAUAUAAUAUUCAUAAUAAUGAAUGGACAGUAGUCGACUCGCUCGAAGUUGAAGUAUAUAGGGGAGGAGCUGCAGUAAUCAGCGGCGAUUUUAGUUUGAAUUGA